ACUUAAAGGACGAACCGCGAGCCGACAACAAAGCGAGUGCAGUGCGUCGUGUAUGUGAUUGUGUAUGAUGAGUGGCGAGUAUGGGUGACCUGACCAUGCAUAGGACCUGCGUGAGGGUCAACUCUGCGGAUGACGAGUCCAGGGACGAGGUGGAUCAUGAUCUGCCUAAGAAGAACCCUUUUAUUCGGGGCUCGGACCCUCGCGUGGCGACGUGCCGCGGACGCCUGCAGACGCGACGCUGCCAGCUCAACCAGGAGAUCAACAAGGAGUUGAGGUUGCGAGCUGGUGCUGAAAACUUAUUCAAGGCGACAACCAACCGGAAGCUGCGUGAGACGGUGGCACUGGAGCUGAGCUUUGUGAACUCCAACCUGCAGCUGCUCAAGGAACAGCUGGCUGAGCUCAAUUCCUCGGUGGAACUCUACCAGAACGACAGCAAAGAAUGCGUAAUGCCCAUGAUCCCCCUGGGCCUGAAGGAGACGAAGGAGGUGGACUUCCGGGAGCCGUUCAAGGACUUCAUCCUGGAGCACUACAGCGAGGAUGCUGCUGCUCAUGAGGAAGCCAUCUCCGAUUUCAUGGACAUGAGACAGGCGAUCCGCACCCCAGUUCGGUCGACGGCCGGCGUAGCUCUCCUCUUCAAAUACUACAACCAGCUUUAUUUCAUAGAACGCCGGUUUUUCCCGCCCGACCGUUCUUUAGGAGUCUACUUUGAGUGGUUCGACUCUUUGACAGGAGUGCCAUCAUGUCAGCGGACGGUGGCUUUCGAAAAGGCGUGCGUAUUGUUUAACAUCGCUGGGAUUUACACACAGAUUGGCGCUAAACAGGAGCGGCACACAUCUCUAGGCCUAGAUGGCGCGGUGGACGCAUUACUAAGAGCAGCGGGCACCCUCCGCUACAUCCACGAGAACUUCACCAACGCGCCAUCUGUCGACUUAGCGGCUGAUACUCUACUGGUGCUCGCUGCUACUAUGACGGCCCAAGCCCGCGAGUGCCUGUUUGAGAAGCUUCAACUCCAAGCGCGCGAGUGCGGGCGCGGGGAGCUGCGCGACGACUUGGAUAUGUGUCUCGACUUCGCGCAAGAGGCUGCGCAGUGCGCGCACACAUACACGCAGCUAUAUCAGAAGAUGCAGACGGAAGGUGUCUUCAACUACGUGCCAUACUCGUGGGUCUCUUUGGUCCAUGUGAAGACUGAAUUUUAUAAAGCGCUGGCGCACCAGUACGCGGCGUUAGGCUUGCUGCACGCCGACAGCACGCCGCGCGCGCGGCAGCGAGUCGCCGCACUCUAUACUAGCAUCGAUCGGAGUGUUGACAACGGUUCAGUAUCCAACGCCAAGAUGGACGACGAUCUGGACUUCAUGGUGGUGGGGCGCGCGCACCUGAUUGAAGCGCAAGCGUUGUACGAAGAAGCACAGAGGUUACAACGGAUGUGUCGUGAACUGCGAGACAAGGAACCUCUAGCACGAGUAAUACGCGCUCACGCAGAGAGGGCAACCCGCGAACGAGCCACGCUACGGGACUCACCGGACCUGAGCGAGAUGGAGUUACUUGACGCACCCACUAUUUUACCUUCAUCAAAAUUCCAACUGUCCCUAACGCCGCCGGACUUCGCUCAGCACCGCGUUGACGACCUGUUCAAAUCUCUCGGCCCCAUCGCCGUGUUCUCCGCCAAGCGGCACUGGAGCGCCCCCCGCCUCAUCACCCUCCAAAAACACAGCCGAGACAACUGCAGGAGACUCAACGGCAGAAACUACGACAUAGAAAAGAGAUCCGAGAAAAGAGACCGAUCCGAAGACAACAGCGCUUACUACAACUCCGUGAUCAGAGACGAGAAUUACGAGGACUACGAAAAGCAACUCCAAAGGGUCAUGAAGCAAAAUGGAGUCUACAUAAACAGUUACAACAACAUGGAUUAUCAUCCUAAAGUUUUAGACUACGAUAAAUAUGAUUAUAGAAAUAAUGAGAGCUUUAUAAAGACGACUACGGAAAGUGUGAAUGGGAAGUUGAAGAGUGGGAGGGAGAGGAGGAAGGAGCCUCUGAGGAGGGUGGCGAGUGAAUAUAACGUGUCGAACUCGAAGGAUGAGGAUGGGUUCGGAUUCUCUGUGAGAGGGGACGCGCCGGUCAUGAUUGCGGCGGUUGAACCGAAUUCUUUGGCUGACAUCGGCGGCAUGCGAGAAGGUGACUUCAUCAUCUCGGUCGGCGACAAAGACGUGAAGUGGAGCUCUCAUGAAGAGGUGGUCCGACUUAUUCAGCAAACCGGAGACUUGUUGGCACUCCGGCUUGCCACACCCAUGGACAAAAGCUUAGUUAAGUCGUCCCCCGGCCCCGGCGCGGACACGCCGCGGCUGGCGGGCUCGGCGGCGGGCUCGGUGUCGGCCGCGUCCUCCUCGUCCGCCUCCAGCGGCUCCGGCGCCCCGGCCGCGCGCUCCGCCCGCCGCGCGCCCUCCGCCUCCUGGAACCCGUUCCGCCGCAACACAACCCGGGACACCAGCUCGCACCGAGGCUCGCACACCAGCAACGUUAUAUUCCGAUAA